AUGUCUGCUCAUGAAAAUUUUAUAUUAGACAAGGGUUCAGCUGAAUCAAAUUAUAGUCAACCAUCAUCAGAGAGUUUGGACGAUCCAUCUGAACGAGAACCGGGUGUAACAAAGCCCCGUGAUCAAACACGGUCGGCGAACGAGGCACUUGAACGAUGCAAAACAAAACCAGUUGCGUUUGCCAUACGUACAAAUAUUGAUUAUGUCCCAUCAUCAGAUGAUAUCUGCCCAAUUCCAAAACAUGCUAUUGGAUUUAAGUUAAAAGAAUUUUUACAUAUCAAAGAUAAAUUUGAUAAUGAUUGGUGGAUUGGACGGUCGGUUAAUGUUGAUGCACAACUAGGUUUCAUUCCAAGUCCAUCGAAACUGGAAAAAAUUAGAAUACAAUCAAAUAGAAAAAAUAAAUCUAUUGCAACUCCAAUAUUAUCGUCAUCUCGAAUAAAAGCGUCUACUCAAAGUCUUGAUAUUCUUGAUCAAAAUAUUGGCCAACAAUUACAAAAUGAAAUUAUAGAAGCCGGAGGCGGUGGAAAUGAGGAUGGAGAUAAUAAUUCAAUAACAAAAUCAAAAUUAAAUAUAUCUGGAAAAGAUAAGAAAAAAACAUUUUUCAAAAAAUCUGUCAAUAUUACCCCGUAUGAUGUUGUACCCAAUAUGCGUCCAGUUGUCCUUGUUGGGCCAUCUCUGAAAGGUUACGAUGUAACAGACAUGAUGCAAAAAGCCGUUUUUGACUAUCUAAAACACCGUUAUGAAGGACGUAUCAUUAUUACGCGUGUGACAGCUGAUAUUUCAUUAGCUAAACGUGGCCUACUGAAUAAUCCAUCAAAAAUCGCGCUCAUGGAACGCGGGGGUGGUGGUCGAGCCACAGGUAUUAAAGAAGUGCAUGAUGAAAUCGAACGAAUAUUUGAAUUGGCAAGAAGUCUGCAGUUAGUAGUACUGGAUUGUGAUACAAUUAAUCAUCCGGCACAAUUGCAAAAGACAUCAUUAACACCAUUGAUUAUUUAUCUCAAAGUCGCAUCACCAAAAGUGUUACAAAAAUUGAUUAAAUCAAGAGGAAAAAGUCAGCAUCGAAAUUUAAAUGUACAAUUGGUAGCAGCUGAUAAAUUAACACAAUGUCCACCAGAUAUGUUCGAUUUAAUCUUGGAUCAAAAUCAAUUGGAAGAUGCAUGUUCUACUUUAGCCGCAUAUUUGGACUCAUAUUGGAAUGCUACACAUCCAAAAUUAGUAGAAGAAAAACAAGAUCAACUAUCGCAACAAGAUGGUAUACAUCCUUUACCAAGGCCUGUACCCGUGCCUUUAUCUGCUGCCACCGCUCUCAUGCAGCAUUUGCCACAUCCACAAAAUACACCAUUUACUAAUUCGCGACCACUACCGGCUACAACAGCGAUGAUUCCACUCGAUACGAUUCCACAAGAUUAUCGUCAACCACAAAAUCCUUAUAAUACUCGAAAUUCGCAAAACGAUCCUCGUAUGGCAUUAGCCAUAACUCCAACAGUUGCAGUUAACGAUCAAACGGCACAACUAGCAACAACACCACCACAUGGUACAUCAACAACAGCAUACGGCGUACAAUAUCGAACUCCUCAACAAUCUCGCCUUUAUGGUGCUCAACAACCACAGGCAACAUUACAGAAUCGUCGUCCAUCGUCCGUUGGAAAUGCGAUAGAUUAUCAUAAUACUCCAACUAUACGUCAUCAAACAGUCGCUCGUCUAAAUCGAAAUGAUUCACAAAAUACAAGUUACGAUGAUGAACGUUUUGCUCAUUAUGAAAUGAUGCCGACACAACCUCAAGCCAAACAGCAGCAACAGAUGAUGAAGUCUUCCGUUCAACUACGACGUCCACUUUAG